GAAUAACAAUUUAUUUUAUAAAAUUGGUUAACAAGCCUCAGCUGCUACAGCUACAAUUAUAAUUGGUCAAUAUACGAUGUGCAAAGCAGGCCAAUGAUUGACAGAAAUGUCAUUCAAACAGAAUUAUUUGUAUUACAACAUAAAUUAUCGAGUGAUGGAGGUUAUCCGAAGCUAAUCUCAAAAACAAUUGUUCUAUCGACUUUUUUCAAUAUCACAAGUUGAGUAAAUAUAGGCUCCAUGGUUUCAAAUAUAGAUGACUAUAUAAGUAGCUAACGGCUUAUGUAAUCUCAACAAUAUGAGUUUAGCAUUCAGUAUGAAGUGCCACUGGCUGUUCUUGCUCCUGGGCCUCUGCCUAGUGGCGUCUUUUGCGUCCGCACAGACCGACAAUAGCGUCGAGGACUUGGAUACCGGUGGAGACAUGGACAGUGACACCGCUCCCGAUGCAGAUGUUGAUGGGACGGACACCGAUAACGAAGUGGAUAAGAUCAAAGAUACCAAAAAUGAUAGGAACGCCAAGCCAAGCCCCGUUCUCAGCCCCGAUUUAGGUGCCGACUUAGGCACCGACAGCGAUUCUGACAUUGAGGCAUUGAUAGCCAUGGAAACGGAUCCACUGAAUAUCCCAACUCCCUUGCGCUGGAAACCCAAUCGCAGGCCCAACAGGCGCAGACAAAACGGCCAAAGGCGCCGGAAUAGGCGCAAUCCAAACAGGCGCAAUUCAAACAGGCGCAAUUCAAACAGGCUCAACAGGCGAAAUAACAACAGGCGAAGGAAUAUGAGACGUAGCAAUUUCAGACGCCGUUUCAACAAGAAUGGGCGUUCCCGACUAAGGUAUAGAAAUCGCGGUUAAGUUGCGCAAACACUCCAAGUGCUGGAUUAUACGUCAUGAUCAAGUCCUCGUGCAUUGUUAUUAACUAUUUCGAUUAUUUGAUAAAUAAAAACAUUUCAACCAAA